UUUGUCUACAGCGGGAUGGGUUCUCAGUGGCCGGGAAUGGGGGCGGAACUGAUGGAAAUUCCUAUAUUUUCCGCAUCAAUCGAACGCUGUCGAAAAGCUCUCGAACUUAAAGGAAUAGACAUAGUGCAUAUUAUAACAUCAACAGAGCCUGGCAUUUUCAAUAAUAUCCUAAAUGCAUUUGUGGGUAUCGCAGCCAUACAAAUUGGAUUAACUGAUAUAUUGCGUUCAUUGGGCUUGAUUCCUGAUAAUAUAAUAGGACACAGUGUUGGGGAGCUCGGUUGCGCGUAUGCAGAUGGAUGUCUAACAGCAGAGGAAAUGAUUCUGGCAGCGUAUUCUCGUGGCCAAGCAUCUAUCGAGACUAAUCUCAUUAAUGGGUCUAUGGCUGCUAUUGGAAUGGGAUACAGACAGAUCCUACCCAUAUGUCCUCCGGAAAUAGAUGUGGCAUGUCAUAACGGACCUGAUUCCAGUACUAUAUCUGGUCCAAAAGAUGCAAUUACUCAGUUUGUAGCUGAACUGACCACUAAAGGGAUAUUUGCUAAAACUGUUCCUUCUGCAAAUAUUGCGUAUCAUUCUCGUUACAUUGCUGACGCCGGUGAAAAUCUAUUAAAAUUACUAAAGGCUGUGAUUAAAAACCCGCGUCCAAGAAGUAAUCGUUGGAUAUCUACUUCUGUUCCUCGAGACAAUUGGAAUGAUCCAGUGGCCAAAAACUGCUCUGCUGAAUAUCAGACUAAUAAUUUGUUGAGUCCAGUUCUAUUCGAGGAAACAUCUCAAUUAAUUCCAAGCGAUGCCAUUGUCAUAGAGAUAGCUCCGCGUGGACUACUGCAGGCCAUACUUAAACGUUCUUUGCCAUCAAACUGCUUUAACAUUUCUUUAACUAAGAGUGGAUCCGGCAAUAUAUUACAUUUUCUCCAUACGAUUGGAAAGUUAUACAUGGAAGGAUGUUUGCCUGAUAUCAAAGCUUUGUACCCAAAAGUAGACUUUCCAGUAUCAACCGGGACUCCCAUGUUAUCACAUUUAGUAGAGUGGAUGCACGUAGAAGAAUGGUACGUUCCGAAACCACUAAAUACUGAGAAUAUAUGUAGUGCAAUCUGCGAAUAUUUUAUAUCUGUACAUGAUGAAGAACAUAAGUAUUUAAGAGGAAAUGUUUCGAAUGGAAAAAUGAUGUACCCUAUAGGCGGAAUAUUAAUGCUGGUAUGGGAUACACUUUCUAUGUCAAUGUCUUUGCCUAAGAGGAAAAUAUCGGUUAGAUUUCUCGAUUUAUUUAUCGAUGUUCAACCAGCACUUUACGAAGAAAAAAUAUUAAAAUUGCGCGUCGCGAUCAAUAAGGGCGAUGGACAAUUUGAGGUUACAAAUGAUGGAUCCAAAGUUGCAAGUGGAAUUGUUUUACUGGUUAGCAAAAAUAUAUUCGGAAAAGAAACUCAUACAACUGACACUCCAAUGACCUUGAACACGAAUGACUUUUAUCAACUACUAAAAGAAAAAGGAUACUCUUACAGCGAAGAUUUCCGUCUGAUAAAGAGUGUUAACUUGUCUUUAUCAAAAGCCAUGAUAGAAUGGCGCGAUAACUGGGUGACAUUGAUUGAGAAUAUGCUGCAGCUUGUUAUUCUGAAUCAGAACUAUGAUGGUGUUUUACAACCAACUCAGAUUAAUAGAAUUGUUAUCGAUACCAUUGAAUCUUCAAAUCAAACUUUUACAAAGCAUGGAAAAUCUAUGUUAAAAGUAAAUUUUUCAAACAUCUGCGGUUUGAUACAAGGUCCAGGCGUAUAUAUUAAGGAUAUUCAAUUCCGUGAAAGUCCUCGAACUCCAUAUCCCAUUAGUCUGUUAGUUCCGUCGAGUGAAGAAAAAGGCAAAUUGAUUAACUUCAAAAGUGUGACUAGCUCAUACACAAAUGCGAUGCUCCAAAGCGCGGAAACUGGGAACGUUAAUUCCUUGCACUGGACUGAAGUUUCUGAACCAAGUGGAUCUGGAGUACUUGUUAAGGUACAUUACGCAAGUCUUUCAAAUUACGACGGUAAGAAGGCCUCAGGAACAGUACCGCAUCGAGCCAGCGAGAACUAUUAUGGAAUAGACUUCAGUGGGAUAGCCGAAAGCGGAAGUCGUGUGAUGGGUAUAGUUCAUCGUGGUGCUUGUCGAAAUUAUGUUCGAGCUCACCCCGAUCUUUUGUGGCCAGUCCCUGAUCACUGGAGCCUCGAAGACGCUGCCACAGUUCCUUUAGCUUACGCGUAUGCUUUUUAUUGUCUAGCAAUCAAAGCUAAGCUGUGCGCCGGUAUGAAAAUACUUAUACACGAAGGAGCUGGAGCACUCGGCCAGGCUGUCAUUGCCAUUGCUCUGGCACACAAAUGCCAAGUAUUCACUACAGUAGGGGAUUUAAGAACGAAAAGGUUCUUGAAGAAACUAUUCCCAGAAUUGAAAGAGGAACACAUUGGAAAUUCUAGAGACAUCACUUUCGGGGACAUGGUUCUAACAGCGACAAAUGGGAAAGGUUGCGAUAUUAUAAUAAGCAAUGUCGAAACAUCACUCAAAAACGUUUCACUUCAAUGCGGUAAUUAUCAGAGCGUUAUUUUUGACACGGAACAAAUUGAGAAACGCGAGAACUUCGAAUUGCGUAUGAACAGUCUGAUUAAUGACAGAUCCUAUGUAACUACUAAGUUCGAGUCAAUUUUUGAAUUUUGGAAUUCUGAAGAAAUCAAAAAUUUACAAAUACUUAUGAAUGAAGGCAUCUCCAGUGGCUACGUUCGUCCACUAGCUAGAGUGUCAUACUCUUCAAAGGAAGCUCCUCGUGCUUUUCGACUCUUAUGCAAGAAUUGGCAUCGAGGACAUAUAUUAUUGAGACUCACAGAACAAGUGCUGCCAGCUCAACCAAGGAUCAGCUGUAGAUCCGAAUGCAGUCAGUUAAUCAUCUGCAGCGAAGAAGAUUUCGGUAUUCAGUUAGCGAACAGACUUGUCAGUAGAGGUGCUACAAAAAUACACAUUUGUAGUCCGAAAGUCUCAUGGUAUCUCCAACAUAAAACAGACAAUUUAAAAUCUAUUGGUGUCAAUGUGAUCGUAUCUACGAACAUAAUAAAGGAUUCUUACGAUACUACAUUUCUUUUAAAAAAAACUAUAGCUAUGGGACCAUUAGAAGGCAUUUAUGUGGCAAACUUUAGAAAUGACGACGAAACAUUAAACAUCCUGCAAGACAUUGGUAAUAUGUCCAAAGAUUUAUUUCCAUUAUUAAGGUGCUUUGCAGUGAUUACCAACAAUAUGAAGGUUGUAGAGAAAACGUGUAUUUCUGGAGUAAAUGAAUAUCCAAUUAUUUCUGUAAUCGAAACUCGAAGGCCGCAAAUAAAUGAGAAUGAAAAACACGCCAUCUUAGACAAGGGAGCUUGGAACUUAUCCACAUUGGACGCUUUAGAGACCGGACUUCGCUGCAAGGUCCCAUUGUUGGUCGCCCAAGGAAGCACUUACACAUCACCGCUAUAUCAACAACUUGCAGCUUCUGCUGAUAUUCCAUCUUUAGAAGAUGCAAACGACGUCACUACUCUACGAGAAUUGUCUGUUGGAAGCGAAAACAUUAAAAUAGUUAAAGAAUUUCUACGUCAAAAAUAUCAUAAGUGCUUUUUGGAACAGGAAAUAUUGGAGUUAAACAAGCAGAAGCUUGAAGAGUUGGAUUCUCUUCAAAACGGCUUCGAGAAGAAAGAAGGCUUAGCUGUUUACUUGUCUCACAUAGCUAAAGAUGAACUCAAUUCCAAUGCCCUCGUGUACUCUUUACCCACACUUGGCAAUACGACAACGGAGAAACUGUCUGAAGCAAUUGAGUCAGAGUACUUGAGCAUAGUUCUUGGAAUCGAGAAUAAUUUCGAAAGGUUUUGUGGUAUUUGCGAGAGACUCAAGCUGCCCGCGCUAGUGCUGCAGCCACGUCUGGAUAGAACAAGCGAUACUAUACAGCAAACCGCCGAAAAAUGCUCAAAGUUGAUAACAGAGCAAAUUGGUGUCAGAAAAAGUUUUUACUUGCUCGCAUCCGAUAUUGGUAUUUUAAUUGCCAUGGAGUUAGCUGCAAUAUUUGAGAGUAAUGGUAUUUUAGGCACAGUCUUCUGUCUCGGUAGUGCACCAGAAGAUGUCAAGCCAAUAAUUGAACGUGAACUAGCCGCCUUCACAACCGAAGACCAACUGCAGCUUGAGAUUUUAAAGCACAUUUUUAAGCUACUCACUGCUAAUGAUCCAUCAGAUUUAGAGAAAGCUUUGCCUCCUUUGUCCUCUUGGAAUGAAAAGAUAGAGAGUUGCAUUAAAAUGAUGACUGGUCAAAUAGCACAGACAAAGCAAUAUGUGGAAGCUUUGAUACAAUCUGUCUAUGCAAAAAUUCUUAGCAUCAAGCAGUAUGAUUCUUCGACUCUGCCAAUACUGAAGUCUCGAGUCAUCGUACUCCGCUCUCCGGAUUGCUCCAUUAUUUCAUCCCCAUCAUCAUAUUCUAUUGAAGAUUUAUCAGCACCUCUUAGCGACGCCACAACAGAUACGCGAUGUGCAGCCAUUAUCAACAAAAAUCUGUCGAGUGAAAUAUUAGAAGAGUUUGAUAAGAAAAACCUCUGCGACACAUUUUUGAUAAGCUUUGAUGAGAAAUAUACAAAAGUUAAUUCUAGAGUAAUAUGA